UAUUAUUUGCGAAUGUACGAAUGAAUACAAUUAUUUUCGUAUGUGUUGUAUUUUCGGCUAUUGUUGGGACGUCGGGGUUCAUUCACGACCGUCUAUUUCCGGAGGAUGUGGCGGAAAUGUUCGCUGGGAGGUCUGAGCGACGACUGAGAGUACGACGAGCGGUGAACCAGGCCAUUCAUCUACGGCAAAGACGGUCGGCUGCUGCCCAAGUUACUGGUAACAUUGAAGUCUUCACAGACCUCGAUGGUAACGACGAUGGUUACAUCACCGAAACAGAAUACAGAGAGUUCAAUACGCGAGAAUUAAACGAUGACGUCACUGCUAUUUUCAAGCAAUAUGACAAAAAUGAUGACCAAAAAAUCUCUAAAACGGAGUUCUUUGGAUUCUUAGAUGAGAUCGACGUAUCGUCGAUGUCAAGUGUUGAGGAUGAAGCGCCCAUUUCACCGGAAGCAUUUGUUUUCUCGUCCUCAUCAUUAUUGUCGUCGACCGGAGGAGAGUUAUUUGAGAGCGAAUCAGAAUCUUCUGGUACGUCGUCAGCGCCCCCAGAGAAUUGCGAACUUAAAGCGAUGAGAAAGUGCGACGGGAGAUUCCUCGAUGUUUUGGAUCUUUUGGCAACAGAUGAAGACGCUUUCUGCAAAGGAUUUCAAGCAUACAUUGGUUGUGUAUUCAAAGAUAUUGUUCCUUGCAACAUGGAUGAAUAUGUUCAAAACGUGAUAAAUGUUGGCAAUAUUUACAAAGAUUUAGAUGUUUGUCCAGACCUGGACUUUACUUCUCUUGAAACCUAUGACACAUUAGAACGAUCGAGGAGGUCGCCCACAACAGACAAUUCGAGUAAACACGGUCUCAUAAAAAAUGGAAAACACCUUAAAAAGGCAGUAUCACCGUGUAAUGAAGAGUUUGUAAGAUCGUCACAUCACAAGAAAAAUGAUUUCUGCACCGUAUUAACGCAAUAUCGUCACUGCGUUCUGCACGCCGUUCGACCGUACAGAUCAGAAUCAGUAAAUCACUUACGAGACGGCCUGAAGUAUAUGACGCGGGAGCACCGGAGGACGCAUGUUUGCGCAGGAAAUGACUGAGCAAAAUUUCACAGACAAUGUGUAUAUUUAUCACGCUUGUAAAUAUUCCCAAGCACUGCCUCCAACUAUUAGCAUAGUUCUACUUCUGCGUUGUAAAAGACAUGUAUUCAACAGUAACAUUGUGCUCAUAUGACUGUUGUUUGGCGAAUACAAGCACAACCGUGAUCCUUCCGUGGAUUUGCGGUAACUGUGGAUCCGGAAUGUAAGAUCGUCUGACCAUUGUCGAGGAUACGCUUAACCCGCCUUUUCAACCAUAGCGAGUUCAAUGAAAUCAAGUCGAUUAUAGCGAUUUAAAAAAAGGAUUAUUUAAAAAUCAUUGGACAUUUAAUUAGUAUUACCUAUUGAGGACAUCAUCAGCUUAUUUUCGUUAAGAAAAUAAAAUAAAAACAAUUUCAGGUAACAAAAAUAAGUUAAUUUUAAUAACUCAAAAGAAAUAUUUUAUGCAAGAGAAGAUGAGAAAUUAUAUAAUUUUACUUUUAUUUUAUUUUUUAUUUAUUACUCCAAUGGGCAGUUAUGUUGCAUUACGUGGACCAAAUAUGAUUCGGGUAUUAUCAUCUUGCUCCAAAAUGACAAUUUAUCAGAGCUUUAGGAUUGUGGCUCGGGUUUGUAGGUAUUACCACUGUUGAAAACGGUCGAAUUUGGAGGACCAGUUUUGUAUGUGAUAGAACUUUUGAAACCCAGAGAGAUGGUUUUUAAAGAACUUUAUAUAGACGCUACAAAGUCCUCUUGUUUUCGGGAAUACCAACACUGCGUUAAGUUCAACAGAGAUUUGUACCUUUUUUCUGUAAAUUUAAUGACAAGAAAAUACAAUCUAUUUUUAUAAUAGAUUGUAAGUUUUAAACCAUUUAUUAUUUUAAUAUCAGGAACGCGUUUCUUGUCAACAGGAAUGAAACCAUGCAUGAGGGGCGGGGGCUAUUGGGGGUAAACUCUUCGUUAAAAAAGUAUACUGUGCAAGUAUAGACAAAUGCCACAGUCAGAUAAUUUGAAUCGAACAUUAGAAACUAAGUGAUCGUUGGUAAAUAAGAACUUGUAUAUAUUAAUUUAUUAUUGAAAGAAUAAGUUUUCAGUAUUGUUUUUAUAAGAAUAACGUUCCGUUUAAAAAUAAAGUGUAACUAAGAAUAUAUUUUGCCCCAAUAUGUAUACGCUAUUCCUCUUCGUCCCUAUUUCCACAUAAGGUACAAUUAUCUGGAUCCGCAUUGGCCUGUCCCUUUCUGCAAUGCCAUCUUCACUUAACCAAGCUAAGGUUUAUCUCAUAUACUGUUUUAUAUAU